CAAUUUGGGUGCGUCUAAUAUUUUUUCAUGUGGAAAGAGUGCGUCGGGUCUAAUCUAGCCCAAUUUUCAACGCUUUUACACUUCCCUUAGCAUUUAUUAUGGACGCGAAUAUUAAGAUUAAGUCGCGACUAUUUAAUACAUUAGCGGUGGAACAACGGGAAGAGUUAGAUGAGAGAUUAGAAAGAUGCAAUAAUGCCCUCCAAGUACAUAUGGACGGUGUCACGGAGCGAGAAUCCAACGAAGCCCUGAACAGUCAAGUGUGCAAAGGCCCGACCCAACAUGAAGAAAUUCAACUUGGUCUCUUGUAUUCCAUUUUAACAGAUAAAAGUUUAGCUGCAAAGUGUCACAGAAAUAUGACUUUGAUAAAUCGAGAUGGAUUUAGCGUUGUCGUUAAUACUAUGGGAAAAUUAAUUCAUGAAAAAUGGCCUAAAAUGCUUGAUGGGGCCAAAACACAAUAUCUAUGGUUAUGUAGGGAAUUGUUAAAAAGUAAUGUUAAUAAUUUGGACACUGUUAUAACUGGAUGUUUGAAGCAAAUUGCUGGUGGAGAUAUUUCUCAAAAAAACAUCUUUUUAGCAGAAACUGUCUUGGAUAUUUUAACAGAGAAUAGAAUUAUUGCCGAUCACUGUCGAAGCGAAUUAAAUCAUCUACGUCAAAAAGAAGUUGAAUUCUGUGUCAACAUUUUAAGGGAAAGGUGGCAAGAUUGUAUGACAAUAGGAAGAGAUUUAGUUAGACUUUUACAAAAUGUAUCAAGAAUUCCUGAGUUUACAUCUAUCUGUUACGAUAUGAUGUAUAAUCCGACUGCACUUAGUCCAACGUUCACUGGCAUUGAUCAAAUAAUGAAAAUGAAAAGCAGUCGAACUUAUAUAAGAAGUCGCUUAACUCCGGAUAUGGAAUUUAAACUGCAUUUCCUUACGACCAAAGUAGCAUUUGGAAAUCAUAAACGUUAUCAAGAUUGGUUUCAGCGUCAGUAUUUAUCAACUCCUGAGAGUCAGACGCUGCGUUGUGAUAUUAUUCGAUACAUAUGCACUGUUGUGCAUCCAAGUAGUGAUAUUUUAGCAGCAAAUAUUACACCAAGAUGGGUUGUUAUCGGCUGGUUGUUAGUCUCUUGUUCUUCAAAUUUGUCGGCUUGUGAUGCAAAGUUAUCUCUGUUUUUUGAUUGGCUGUUCUUCGACCCUGAUAAGGAUAGUAUACUUAAUUUAGAACCUGCUAUACUAGUGAUGCUCAAUUCAAUGAGAAGUCGUCCAACAAUAACAGUCAACCUAUUGGAUUUCCUCUGCAGAAUAAUGAAAAAUUUUUGUUUACCUUUUGCAUCUGAAGUUAAACAAUCAAUUCAUGGGUGUCUCAAAGCAUUAUUGAACAAAAAAUUUGUUUCUUCUCUCGAACCUUUAUUCGAAAAUCCAUCGCAUGACAAAGAUUUAAAAGCCAUUAUUAAAGAAUGUUUCACUGAAUUUCUCACUCAACCAGAAACUAUAGCUCCUCCCCCACCGACAUCUAAACUACCGUUAGUCAUUGACUUAGAAAGUGAAAGUACAAAUAAUAGUGUAAUAGAAAUCGAAGGUCAAUUUAGCGAUUGUGAAGAAAAUGCAGACGAAGAAACAGGUGUUAAAAUAGAAAAAAUAAUGAAGGCUAUUGAAUUAAAGCCAAUAACUGAGAGAUUAAGAAGAAAAAACGGUGCUAAGGGUGAAAAUAUUUUAAAGCUUGUUGAAAAGUUGGACGGUGAUAUCAAAACCUUUAUAAAGGAAAUGGAGCAAGAGAGCGAUAGUGCAGUUCAAUGUGAAACAAUGGACAAAUUAAUGCAAGCCGUCAUGGAUGAAGGAUUGGAUAAUGAAUCAGCAACUGCUCUAGCUAUAUCUAUCACUAGCGUCAUAGAUUAUUGCUUUCAAUGUCAAAUUUUACCCGGAGAACAAACUGAAGAAAGCCUAGAAGACUCACUCGGUACUCCAUUGUUUGUUAUUUUUAGAAAUCUAUGUGCCAUUGAAGACGAUGACCCGAGAAAACAAACGCUACUUGUAUUAUUACAAGAAAUGUAUAAAGUAGAAAACAGAGUUGGACAUAGAUUUUUAUAUUUUUUAAAAGUUAGAAGGCUUUUUCCUCUCCCACUACAGUUUACAGACGAUUUUAAUAAUUGCGAUUUAGUGAGGUUAAUUGUUUCUGUUUUGGAUGGACCUUUGCUCAAUCAAUUAUUAUGUCAUAAAUUCCAAGGAAAACUCGAUAUGUUUGAAGAUAAAUAUUUGCCAGUUAUCGAAAGUAGCCUGAAAUGGGAGAGCAUUGAGCAAUAUUAUUUGUGGCAAUUAUUGGUGGCUCAUAGCAUGCCCAUUGAGAACAUUCUACCUCUUUUACCUAAAUUACAGUUCAUUCAACAUGCAGAUACUUUACAAAAUAUUAUAUUAUUGUUAAGAGAAAAAAGUCCCAAUGGACAGCUACUUCAAGCUAUACUACAUAGAAAAGUUGAAGAAAGUGAUAUUCUAUCGGUAUCAGUUUUAAAAUAUUGGGCAGAUAAGGAAGAGGAAAAGCUGGCAGAUAACUUUUAUAGUCUUCUCACAAAAGCGAGCUCCAAGAAGCGAAAUCGAGGAGGAACCUCCGUUAAGUCAAAAGAUAAAGAUAAAAGUACCCUUUCUAUUGACCAAAUCUUAUCUCACUUGGAGCAUUACAGACAUACCGUUACCGACUCCUCAUUUUUACUGAGUGAGACGAUGCAGAGUGCACUGCAAUCAGUUCAACAAUCGUCAUCCGAGGCAGUCAAAUCCAAAUUUAGUGAUUUGUUGGCUUUAGUAGAAGAGGAAAGACCAACUAGAGUUAGAGUAUUAAGGGAUCGAAAGGGAGCGUCUAAUAAUAAUUCACGGGCAAACUUGAAGAGAAAAGAAGCUAGUCCGAGUUCAGAAGAAUCUACAGACGAAGAUGAUAGACCUCCUAAAACGAAGAAGAAAAGAAGAAACGUAUCAGACUCUGACUGA